GUGGAAACAGGGGUCCGGGGGCUCCGAUUACGCUAGGUAGAGGCCGAGCCCACUCUGCACGCUUUCAAGCUCCACUUAGCCAUACAGUAAUCCGUGCUCAACCAUGCAGCGCUGAUAUCGACAUACCGAUCAUAGAAAGGCAGGCCCCAGGAAAGUAUGGAGACCGCCGAAUCGCCAGCGCGUCUCGCGCAAGCGAGCGCGGGAGGAAGACGACGACGCACCAGACGAAGGCGCAGGAGCGCCGCCGCGCAGGCGCUUCAAGUCCAAGAAGCCCGCCGCCGCCGUUGAGGAGCUGCCGACCGAGAUUCUCGAGCGCAUCAUCUUCAUGUCCCGGAACCUCAACUUCCUGCGGAGCAGUCUCCGGCUGGGCUACCGCUUCUCAUCCCGGUCCUUCCUGACCGAGUUGCUGGAGGCCGCGUUUGCUCCCACCUGGGAUGUGUGGUACGGACGCCGCAGACACGAGGUGAUGCCGCACCAGAAGGAUCUGCUGGAUCCCAAGCGCAUACCGGGCGACCCCGACUUUCAGGGCGCUGUGCUCGCCUGCCCCUGGGUCAACGUCGGCCUCGUCCUUGAGGCGCAGCAAAAAUGGUGUAGGAGAAACGGCGGCCCCGGGAUGCUGCUUGCCAACUCGACCCCGCCAUCCGCUACCGUGCACCAUGCACUCACGGACGUGGCCGCCCGCUUCGAGGAGGACUGGGAGGCCUUCCAAGCCGACUGCCCCGCUUUCUUUUCUUGCCAACAUGCCGACCACAUCCCGACCGAAAUCUGGCGUAGGACGUUCCCCAGAGAGGCAACGUGGAUCGAAUUGCAUCCUUCCACCAAAAUCCCUUCCCGCCUCCUGACCGGUCCGUUCGAUUGGGAAACAGCUAGGAUGUGGUUCUGGUGCGUUCGUGGGGGAGCCACCCUGCGCCAGGAGAUGUGGGAGCUGACCGGGAAAGGGUAUGAUAACAUCGCGGCCGCAAGCGACAGGCAACUUGCCUUGGUCAUUUUCUUGCUCUUGGCGCAGAUGGACGCCUUCAGCCACUGGCCAUUGUUUCUUAUCGAGCAGAAGCUCGAUGCUGCGCGCCAGUUGCAGCAAACGGCACCUCCGGCGGACCGCCUGCUAUGGCAGUUUGCUGGCACGGUGUUGGAGAACUACGGGGAUGGUGCCCGGUUGCCCAAACCUAAUGGCUAAUCCCCUCGCGGGACUUCAACUGUACCUCGCGGAUGGCAGCCAGAAUUGCUCAACGCAGUUUAUGCGCAUGUCGAGA